AUGGUUACUAGAUGGGCUUUCUUCAUCACCCUGUCCCUGCUGAACCUGCUUGUGGUGACGACAGUCGUGAUGUGGAGUCUGUGGCUGCCGACUGUGGGCUGGUCAGGGGACGGCUCGGACUCAGCCACUCGUGGGAACCUAUGGGCCCUCUGUCUGCCCAAACAGUCUCGGCAGCACAACGGCGAGUUUUACAAAACGUGGGAAGAAGCAGGCGACCAGACUUACCACCCGUUCCAAACCCGCGUAAGAGUGGUGCUGUGGAGCGAUGCCUUGUGGCGGCGGACGGGCUUGGCUAAGAACAGGAACAGGACAUGGUACAAGCUCUGUCCGCGGAGACCGGCGUGCGAGUUCACGCGAGAACACAUGUGGGUGUCGUACGCGGACGCCGUGGUGUUCCACCUGCCCACUCUGCCGACGAACUACACUCCCGAGCUGAUGCCACGCAAAAGGAAGGUCCAUCAGAAGUGGGUUCUGUUCUCCAUGGAGUCUCCCGUCGUCACCAGGGGUAAAAACAUGGCGUCAUACGGAGGGGUCUUCAACUGGACGAUGACGUACAGGGGAGACUCAGAUGUGCUGACGUCAUAUGGAUCGAGAAGUUUGUUGUACAACUCCUUACCAGCGCUGCCAGCUAACCCUGGGAAACCACCGCGUAACUUUGCACGAGAAAAGGACCGUCUCGCGGUGUGGUUCGUCAGUAACUGCUACGCCCACCUCACACGCCACCACUACGCCAAGGAGCUGCGCAAGCACAUCAAGGUCGACGUGUUCGGGCGGUGCGGGAAGUCCGUCUGCGCCGAGGACAGGGGCUACCGCUCCACCUGCUUCAAAAAGACCAUCAAAAGAUACAAGUUCUACCUAGCGUUCGAGAGCUACAAGUGUAGAGAAUACAUCACGGAGAAGUUUUGGCGAAACGCUCUAGAAAACGAAGUUGUUCCGGUGGUGCUUGGAGCUCCGAAGGAAGACUAUAUCCGAUUCGCUCCGCCAGGUUCCUUCAUCCACGUCGACGAUUUUAAGUCCCCAAAAGAUCUUGCGUUGUACCUAAAAAGGUUGGCCAAAAACGAUAAGGAAUACAACAGGUACUUCAGAUGGCGGAGUAUGCAGUUUAGAAAGAACACGACAUUGGAUAAGGGGCGCUGGUGCAACCUUUGUGACAAGUUGCUUCAGACGUGUCCUCAGGAGAGAAAGGUGUACGCGGAUAUUUACAGGUGGUGGAAAGGCAAGGAGGGAGAGGAAUACUGUGAACGAACGCUGCUACCAGAAGACAUCCCAAAGCCACAUUUCGACCUCAGUAUACACUUUAGCUAA